UUUAAUAAAGAUUUUUAUUUUAUGUGUAACAUUUGGAGAGUUUUAAGGCAAAAUCUUUAACGGUGAAAUGUAUUAGAUUUUUGUUCAACCUCGCACAAUUUCUUUCCUUGCUGUUCUCUUAACCAGGUAGACGAAUGUUAAAAUUCACAACAUGUGGACGAUCCAUGAAUCGACUAAAGACAUUUCCAAGGUGCAUUAAAGUUUUGAGAUGGCCAAACUAAAUUCCUACGUAGUUUAUCGAGUGCAUUAUCAGUUUAUCUUGAUAUUUCACCUGGAAGCUAACUAUACUGAAAUUUUGUGAUCGGUGUACAGUAUCUAAUUUAAAUUAAAAAUUAAAUUAAGGGACAACACAUUAGGUACAAACUGCAUAAACAAACGACAGCAAAAAUUUUUUUUAUACAUAUGUAAUUUUUUUUUUUUUUGACGCAGCUCUUCUAUUAGACGUAAUUGGAUUGUGUACUUCUAGAAGUGUCCAGUGGGUGCACAGGAAUAGUAUUGGCUGUAUUUUUUGUGUGAUUGCUGACGAUCUCCUAGUGGCCUCCAGCAGUGAAGACAUCCGCUUUGUCUUGAACCUGCAGACCCGCAACUGUGAACGGCUACCGGAAUAGCGGCGGCGUUCACGCUGCUCGUCUUUGGAGGUCCUGUCAUGAGGGUAACCAAGGCGACCACGUGAUCACUCAAACCAAUUAAGGCCCCCGGGACUGAGCCUUCAAAUUGGGCUCAUCUUGUGUGGGGGGAUUUUUUUUCCUCGCAAAUUGGAUCAGGCUGCUUACAGGAGCUUAGCAUGACGUACAGCAACUUGGCGAGUUUAGUCAUGAGGAUCCUUGCAGAAAUCCUCCGGGCGAAAUCUAAGCAAAGUGAACGCAUCGAACUGGGAAGUUUUUGGGGCGCAAUGGCGGUGGCUUUGAAUGAAUAAAAUCCUCCUUGGGCUCGACGAGGGCACGGCGAGAAUGGUCUGUGAUGGAUUAUUGAUGCACCAAAGGGGAUUGCCGAAGUUCAAACCGCGACUUGGUUAUUAAAAAAAAAAAAAGACCACCAGAAGUUCUCCUUGGAUCUAACUGGCUUUUUUUUUUUUUUUUUUUUUUUUAAAGGCCACAUCUGGUUGAACAAUGGCUUUGAUGAAGGUCAAGUUUGAUCUGAAAAAGCGUGUGAAGCUCGCCCAGAGCGUGUGGUUUCUGUUCUGGUUCGCCGUCAUGGCCGGCGUGCUGGUCUUCAGCAUGGGCCUCUUUUUCAAGAUCGAGCUGCGGAAGCGCUCGGAGCUAAUGGACAAUAACGAGAGCCACUUCCUGCCCAACCUUCUCAUCGUGAUGGGCCUGCUGGCGUGUGGCAUCAACGCUUUCGGCGGCAAGGUCUGCUACGACUCUUUGGAUCCCUCCAAGUUUGUCAAGUGGAAACCCAUGCUCAAGACCUUUCUGAUGGGCUGCGUGGUCUUCAACGUUCUACUGGUGGUCACGGCGCUGCUGUGCUUCAUCAUGCGCAUCCCGCUGCAGUUCACGCUGGCCGAGGGGCUACGCAACGGCAUGCGCUACUACAAGGACACGGACACGCCGGGACGCUGCUACAUGAAGCGGACGCUGGACCUGAUGCAGAUAGAGUUCCGCUGCUGCGGCAAUGACAACUACCGGGACUGGUUCGAGAUCCAGUGGGUCAGCAACCGCUACCUGGACUUCAGCGCCAAAGAGGUUAAAGACCGCAUCGGGAGCAACGUGGACGGCCAGUACCUGAUGGACGGUGUGCCCUUCAGCUGUUGUAACCCGGGCUCUCCGCGGCCGUGCAUCCAGCAGCAGAUGACCAACAACUCGGCGCAUUACAGCUACGACCACUACACCGAGGACCUCAACGUGUGGAAGAGCGGCUGCCGCGACGCUCUGCUCUCCUACUACGGCGGCAUGAUGACCACCAUCGGCGCCCUGGUGCUGCUGGUCACCCUGUUAGAGAUCGCCGUGACAGCGGGCCUGCAAUACGUCGACAGUUCGCUGUCCACUCUGGCCAACCCCGAAGACCCGGAGAGCGAGAGCGAGGGCUGGCUCCUCGAGAAGACCGUCAAGGAGACGUUCACCGAUAUCAUGACCAAAAUGAAGGCCAUGGGCAAAGGCGGUAAAGUCGAGGAAGGGGGCGACGAGGGCGGCGUAGCCACUGUGAGCUGAGUGACCCAUUGAUUCCCCUCACACCCUGCCAAAACUGACACCGCCACCACGCCCAAACGGAAGUAAUGGGACUUGUAAGAGGAUUGUUGUUGUUGUUUGGUUGUUGUUUUUUUUUAAUUGGCUCAUUGCGGGAAAUCUACUGUAAAUUUGUAGUAAAUACAGAGCCGUAGUUUUCCAAGACGGCGUUACGAGUCCACAACAUUAGAUACACCUCCAGAUGAGAUCCGACAAAGACAUUUGGAUGGGGAUGGUGGUUACUAUGCAACCCCCCCGUCGCAGCAACCCGAGAUUCGCAAUCCAAUUGAAGAGAUAAACGAUUUAUUUUUUUUGUUAAUAGGAAUAUUAUACCACAAAUGAAUUUGGCAGCUAAAUAUUUUGCCCCCCUCCCCCAAAAGCCCUUCACAUCCCCUGUCAGACUUUCAUUCGGCCUCUGUAUAUUUAACAACGGUGUGGCGGUCUUUGUACAUAGUGUAGAAACGGCAACGCUGAAGCUUUUUUUUUUUUAAAUAUAUAUUUAAAUAUAAUGUAAUCUGUUAAU